AUUACUUAUAUACUAAACAUUACGAUUAAGCUUGCUGUUAAACGAACUAAGUCUACGUCCUGGGUUCAACGAUUCCGAUCAAAUGGUGGUCAAGACAUGUAUAGAGGCCCUAGAUACGAUUGAAUCCUUAAAACCAUCCAUCGAAGCGGUUCAUGAAAGCUAUAAAUUAUUCCAUUCAACGAAGCAACCUGACCCUGAUUCUCACAAGGUCCCAGAAUACAAUGUUACAUAUUACACCGAGCCAACCCCAAUGGAAUGGGAGUAUACACCUGUACCUAGAAAAUUCUCAUCUCAACAGCAAUUCACUGAUACCCAUAGAUUAAAUAAGAAGCAAGAGCAGCAAUUACCUCCCCCACCAUUGCCACCUAAAAUUAAAUUAAAUCAUGACAUACCACCACCUCUGCCACCCAAAAUUCGAGAAUAUUCAAAUCAAGAGCCUCACUUGGAUACUCAAACAUUUUUCGAGCCAACUAUGUUACGUAAUAUUCACGUUCCCGUAUGUAUCAAAGAAAACUUUUUGAAUGUUGCAAGGUAUAAUACCAGUCUAAAUAUCGAGACUUGCGGUAUACUUAGUGGAAAAUUGCAAAAUAAUGAGUUGUUUGUGACAUCUUUGUUAAUACCGAAUCAAGAGGGCACGAGUGAUACAUGCAUUACAAGAAAUGAAGAAGCGAUUUUUGAGUACCAAGACAAUCAUGGAUUACUGACACUAGGCUGGAUCCAUACGCAUCCAUCCCAAACAUGCUUUUUAAGUUCGGUAGAUUUACAUACUCAUUGUUCUUAUCAGCUCAUGUUACCAGAGGCUAUUGCCAUUGUCUGUGCGCCAAAGCAAACCCCUGAUUUUGGUAUAUUCCGUUUAACAAGUCCGGAUGGUUUACAAGAGAUCACCAAUUGCAGAAUCCAGGAAUCCUUUCAUCCACAUUCAGAUAGUUCGAUACUUUACCAAGACAACAGUGGGCAUAUCAGGUUGGAUUCACAUUGCACAUUGGAUAUCAUUGAUCUCCGCUGAUUUAAAAUUUUAUAAACAUUCACACUGCGUGAUACACAAAAAACCCAAAAAGAGAAUAUUUUUAUUGUGUGAAUGCUUUUUUUUUAAAAAAAAAUAU